AUGGGUGGUUCGUUCGUCGACCAUGCGACCAUCUCGCGCAGCUGUUCUGCCGGGCUCGAGGCCACGACGACAAACUCUCCGCAGAACAUCCAAGUUGAGUCUCCCGAACUGGGGGCCUCAGGCUCGCACCUGACCUGGGAGCAUUCCUUGCUUGGCUCCAACAGAUUUCCCCGGUUGAAGUGGUCCCCGGCAGCAGAUGCCGCCAUUCCAGGAACAGCCAUCCAGGAGUACAUCCUGAUAUGCGAAGACCCCGACUCGCCGCUUCCCAAGAUGAGUCCAGCAGCGACCAAGGACGAGCUGGUGGAGGAGAUCGAGGGUAAGAUUGUUGGCUGGGGAGUCUGGAUCGAGAACAAGUGGUAA